AAUUUUUUCUUUACUUUCUUUUAUUAAAAAUAUAAAAAAAAAAUUAUGGGCAAUAAAACUUCCCGUUUCCAUUUCACUAGAAAACCUCCUAAACCGAAAGGUUACAUAAGUAACUAUCAUGAAAUGUUAUCAUCAUUUAAACUCGAAGAAAAAAGUGACCACGAUGAAAAAGAACAUUUGGUACACUUUAUAAUAAAAGAGUUAUUUAAAGGGAAUUUUUCUUCACCUAUCCAUAAUAUUUUAUCCGAUCCUAAUGCAAAAAUUUUAGAUGUUGGAUGCGGUUCUGGUUUUUGGCUCCUUGAAAUGGCAGCCGACUAUUCAAGUCCUCAAUAUUUUGGAAUCGAUAAUUUAUCAACAUUUCCUAAAAGUACCAUUCCAAGUAAUAUAGAAUUUAGUCAACAUAAUUUAUUAGAAGGACUUCCUUUUCCCGACAACACAUUUGAAUUCGUUCAUAUACAGUCGGUAGGAAGUGAGUUUACGGAGACACAAUGGGAAACUUUUGUAUAUCAAGAACUCGCAAGAGUCCUUAAACCAGGAGGGUGGUUAGAAAUAUGUGAUCCCGAGAUUGAAUUCUCAAACUGCGGUCCAACGUUAAAGCAAUUAAAUCUCACAGUAUGCAAUUGCUUAAUGGCAAUAAAUGUUAAUCCACAAAUGGCUUUACGUCAUCAUUCACUCAUUAAAUCAUUUCCAAUAUUUUCCAACGUAAUUCAUGAUAAAGGUCACAUGCAAUUGGGUAAUUAUACUCAUAAAAUAGGGAAAAUUGGUACUCUUACUAUGAAAGAAUAUUCUAGAUUCGCUUAUAAAGGGCCUAUUGGCAAAAUUAUGAAAAUAGAUCCAAAAGAUAUCAAUUCCCUUACCGAUAAGAUUGAAAUUGAAUGUGAAUUAUAUAAACCUUAUUAUUUUUAUCAUAGGGUCUGUGCUCAAAAAGCAGCAUGAAAACAAUUAUACAUAAGUUAUUAAUUAAUUAUUAUUUAUUAUAUUCAACAUUAUUCUAUUUUUUUUUUCUAAGGUCA